UUUACAUAUCCUUAAUGAGAAACUUUUAUGACUACACAAAUAUUUUGUCAUGGUUAAGGACACAAGUCUCAAAAAAUUUAUAGCUAGUCACAUAAAUGCUAUGCCAUGUUUUAGACCAUAAGUUUUAAAAGUUAUCAAUUCUUUCUACUCCGGGCCAAUUUAAACUAUGUUACAUAAGUUAAAAUUGAUGUAUACGUACUAUAUAUCACUAGAGAAUUACUGAUGAUACUCAUGCAAGCUAAUUCUUUUUUUUUUCCCCUUCUAAUAGUUGAUAAAUUGCUUAUGCAAUCAAGCUACUAUUAGAAGUGCUAAUUGAUGAGCCUUUUCAUAUACUUAUAUCAAAAGUUGCAGGAAGCAAUGGCAUUGCCAGAUCAAGUGGAUGCAGCAAUAACGUACAUAAAAAGCUUAGAAAUCAAAUUGGAGAAGAACAAAAUGCAAUUGGAAAAAUUAAGGACGAGUAAAAAGAGGCCCAAUUUAUGCAUGGCAAUUCAUGAUCCUAAUCCAACAACAAAAUUAUCUCCUCAGAUUGAAGUCCAUGAAAUGAGCCCAACAAUGGACGUAAUUUUGAUGACUGGCCUUGAUAAUUUAACUAUGUUUUAUAACAUUAUUCGAUUACUCCAUGAGGAAGGUUUUAAAGUAGUUAAUGCCAAUUUUUCACUCGAAGGGAACUCCACGAUGCAGAUUCUCCAUGAAAAUAAGAUUAUCGAGAAUUCAACAAUGGAAAGUAGAGCUACGACGGUGUAUAGCAGACUGAAGGAAUUGCUUUAUGGAUCUUCUUCUCCAACUGAUGAUGAUAUUAUUGAAACCCUACUGCGUUUAUGGGACGACGAUAUCCAAUCUGAAAUGCUAAAGUUAAUUUGAUGUAACAGAUUUAUUAUAACCACUAGGAA